AUGGGGCACGGCACAGGGUUAGAUGCGACACGGGCGGUUGGCGAGCGGGUCUUCGUGGAGAGCCACAAGUCUGGGGGUGUCCUCAAGUUCGUUGGACGGACGAACUUUGCCGAGGGCGAGUGGAUGGGCGUGGAGCUCGAUACCCCCAGCGGUAAGAACGACGGGUCUGUCAAGGGGGUGCCGUACUUCGCGUGCGAGCCCAACCACGGGUUGUUCGUGCGAAGGGAGGCGCUGGGCAGGGAGAAGGCGAACGGCAGAGGCGCAGCGACCAGCCCGCUGCGGAGGGGCGCCACGCAGGUGAAUCUCAAGAACUCGCCGCUGCCUGCGCCUGACGUGCCAGGUGCCAACGAUCCCCUGCGGAGGAGCGCCUCGCAGGUGAAUCACAAGAACUUCCCGCUGUCCUCUCCUGACGCGCCAGCCGUCAAAGAUGCCCUCUGGAGGGGCGCCUCGCAGGCGAAUGGCAAACACUUCCCGCUGCCCUCGCCUGACGCGCCAGGCGUCAAGGACCUCCCGCAGAAAGGCACCCCGAAGGUCAAGGACUCCCCGCUGCCCUCGCCUGACACGUCAGACGCCAAGGAGCUCCCGAGGAAGGGCGCUCCGCAGCUCUGGCGAGGGUUCUCUUCGGACUCCGCGGCCUCCGAACCGUCGGCGCUGAAGCCGGCACUCCGGCGCAGCGGCGCCUUCGCCGCGGCCGAGGACGAGCAGCCGGGGGGCUCGGCUGGGGCCGUGCAGAAGGCGGCCGCCAGGACCCCGAAGGCCGCGGCGAGCAUGCCGAGCAUGCGUGCGUCCGAGCGAGAGCCACCGCAGGCGGGCCACCUGCGAGACGGAGAGGCGGAGGCCGCCGAACACGCCGACGCUCCGAGCGGGAGCGUCGCCGCUGGCGGCGGCGCCGGGCGCGGCGGCCCGCGGCCCUCCCGGCGGCGCGCGCUGGGCGGGGCGAGGCCGGGGGGCGCGCUGCUCGAGGACGCGGGCAGGGCCGAGAGGCUGGCGGCCCAGCAGGAGCUGGCCGCGGCCGCCGAGGAGCACGACGCCGCCUCCAUCCGGGUGGCGCUGUCGCGCGCGCAGGCAGCGGGCGUGGACGCGGCGGAGAUUGCCAGCGCGCAGCACGUCCUCGGCCACGAGAUGCAGGGUUGGCUGGCCCAGGAGGUCGAGGGCCUGUGCAGGACGAUGGCGCGGCUCCAGCAGGCCGUCGCCGCCGUGGAGGCGAGGGCCGACGCCGCGGACAGCCGCCUGGCGGCCAGCUUGGGCGGAGGCUCCACCUCCUCCGCCUGCUCGGGGAGCACCGCGGCGUGCGCCGCGGCCGCGGAGGCGCCCGCCCUCGCCGGCCGCGGACAGCUUUGCCCCCCCUCGGAGGGCGAGGCCGCCUGGCUCUCCUCGCUGGGGCAGCGGCUGGAGCGGCGCAUGUGGGAGGACCUGGAUCGCCGCGUGGAGGACGCCGUCCAGGGCGCGGUGGCGCGCGCCGCCCGCGAGCUGCUGGCCCCCGCCGCGGAGGCCAGCCCAUGCCCAGCCGCCCGCCCGCUGCGGGAGCCGCCGCCGGCAGGGCCGCCGCCGACGCCCUUGCGGCAGCGGCUGCGCCGGCUGCUGGCGGGGUCGUGCCGCUCCGGCGCGCUGCGCGAAGAACUGGCGCGGCUGCGGCCCGCCGCCGCCGCGAAGUUGGCUUCCGAGGGGGGGAAGGCACCCGCCAUGCGGCAGCGGCUGCGGCGGCUGCUGGCGGGGUCGUGCCGCUCUGGCGCGCUGCGCGCGGAGCUGGCGCGGCUGCGGCCCGCCGCCGCCGCGAAGUUGGCCACCGAGGAGGGGAAGGCACCCGCUAUGCGGCAGCGGCUGCGGCGGCUGCUGGCGGGGUCGUGCCGCUCCGGCGCGCUGCGCGAAGAACUGGCGCGGCUGCGGCCCGCCGCCGCCGCGAAACUGGCCUCCGAGGAGGGGAAGGCACCCGCCAUGCGACAGCGGCUGCGGCGGCUGCUGGCGGGAUCGUGCCGCUCUGGCGCGCUGCGCGAAGAACUGGCGCGGCUGCGGCCCGCCGCCGCCGCCGCGAAGUUGGCCUCCGAGGAGGGGAAGGCCGCGGCCGCCAGGACGGCGCCGCGGGGGGCGCGCGAGCAGUGCGCCGCCGCCCGCAUCCAGGCGGUGUUCCGAGGGAGCAGGGCGGUGAAGGCUUUCAGACAGAAGCAGGACAACGCGACCCAGAUCCAGGCCGCGUUCCGGGGGAACAGGGCGAAGAAUGCGCUCAGACAAAGGCAGGACGACGCGACCCGGAUGCAGACGGCGUGA